AGGCAGCCGAGGCGGAGCUGAUGGCUGCGCUGAGGGCGGGGCGGGGUGCAGGCUGGAGCCUCCGAGGAUUGCGGGCUUUGGGGGGAAUUCGCUGUGGAAAAGGAUCCCUGUUGACCCCUGACCUCCGUGCCUUGCUGACGUCAGGAACUCCUGACCCCCGGGCCCGGGUGACGUAUGGGACCUCGAAUCUCCGGGCCCGGUUAUCUGCAGGGGUCCCUGAACCCCCGGCAUGUCUGACGUCGGGGACCCCGGAUUCCCGGGCACGGCUGACCGCGGAGAUCCCGGAUCCCCAAACCCGGGAGGCCUCAGGGACCCCUGGGACCCGUCCGCGUGUGUGGCUGGCGGUGGCGCUGGGCGCCGGGGGGGCUGUGCUGUUGUUGUGGGGCGGGGGUCGGGGUCCUCCGGCGGUCCUCGCCGCGGUCUCUGACCCGCCGCCCACCUCUCCCCGGAGCCAGUACAACUUCAUCGCAGACGUGGUGGAGAAAACGGCACCUGCCGUAGUCUAUAUCGAGAUCCUGGGCCGGCACCCUUUCUCAAGCCGCGAGGUCCCUAUCUCAAAUGGCUCAGGAUUCGUGGUGGCUGCCGAUGGGCUCAUCGUUACCAAUGCCCAUGUGGUGGCAGAUCGGCGCCAUGUCCGCGUGAGGCUGCCCAGUGGCGACACCUAUGAGGCCAUGGUCACAGCUGUGGAUCCCGUGGCAGACAUUGCUACCCUUAGGAUUCAGACCGAGGAGCCUCUCCCCACGCUGCCGCUGGGACGCUCAGCCGAUGUUCGGCAAGGGGAGUUUGUUGUUGCCAUGGGAAGUCCCUUUGCGCUGCAGAACACCAUCACAUCCGGCAUUGUCAGCUCUGCUCAGCGCCCAGCCAGAGACCUGGGAUUGCCCCAAACCAAUGUGGAAUACAUCCAGACUGAUGCAGCUAUUGAUUUUGGAAACUCUGGAGGUCCUCUGGUUAACCUGGAUGGGGAGGUGAUCGGGGUGAACACCAUGAAAGUCACGGCUGGAAUCUCCUUUGCCAUCCCUUCUGAUCGCCUUCGAGAGUUUCUGCGUCGUGGGGAAAAGAAGAAUUCCUUGUUUGGAGUCAGUGGGUCCCAGCGCCGCUACAUUGGGGUGAUGAUGCUGACUCUGACUCCCAGCAUCCUUGCUGAACUGCAGCUUCGAGAACCAAACUUUCCAGAUGUUCAGCAUGGUGUGCUCAUCCAUAAAGUCAUCCUGGGCUCCCCUGCUCACCGGGCUGGCCUACGGCCGGGUGAUGUGAUCUUGGCCAUCGGGGAGCAGCUGGUACAAAAUGCUGAAGAUGUCUAUGAAGCUGUGCGAACCCAAUCCCAGCUGGCAGUGCGGAUCCGGCGGGGACCAGAAACACUGACCUUAUAUGUGACCCCUGAAGUUACAGAAUGAAUGAAUCAGCAAGAGUCUGAGGCUCCUGCUGACUUCCUCCUGCCUUCCUGGCCUCAGCUCCGAGGGCACAUAGGCAGAGGAUUAAAUGAACCAGUGGGGGCAGGUCCCUCCAACCACCAGCACCAAUUCCUGGGUUCUGAAGACUCACAAAAACACUUUUUAUAUAAAAUAAAAUUAUACCUAGCAA